UUGCCAUUUGCCAUUGCCAUUCUAACCUCACUCCUCACUAUUUGUUUUCUUUGUUUGAUAUAAAUUCAAUACAAUUAAUUAUUAUUAUCACAAAUCAAGUAAAUAAAUUCAUGAAUCAUGAUUGAGGUGACAGCAAAGCUAGUCAGAGGCCACGUCUUUUUGUCAGGCGAAAUUGUGGAGUGUCUUAUUUCCUUCAGUCACCCAGUAUCACCAUCACACAAGGUUUCCCAAAGCCAUACAGAUGUUUUUGAAAGCCUCGCCUGGGCUUCAGCCCAAAUCCACUGUCAAUGCUUCACUGAUGCUAAAAUCCAUAAAAAUGAGCAAGAAAAAAUCGCUUUGGCUAAUACAUCACUGAGCACUGUAACUGGAGACAAUGCAAAAGUUGAAUUUGCCACCAAACCUAAAAUAUUGUUUUGUGAUUUACGCUUAUCACCUGGACAAACCAGACUUUUUGUCUACAGAGAAAAAGUCCCAACAGAUUCACCACCAUCAUACCGAGGCCAAUUAGUUAAAUACUCCUACAAAAUUACAAUUGGAAUGCAAAAAAUUAACACUCCAAUAAAGCAGAUGAAAGUACCAAUUAGAGUACUCCCUCUAGCUGAAGCAGUAUUAAGUGAAAUCCUUUGCAAUGAAACAACAGAAGAACUAACUCCAACCAACCCUUUUUUAGAAAUAAGACAAAAAGAGAAACCUUUGGACUUAGCCUUGGAAAGCCUUCAAAAUAUUACUGCAAGAAGAAACCCAAACUUCUACAUGAUUUCCAAUAUGUGGGGCAAAGUGGCCAGGUUUUGCUUGUUUAAACCAGCUUACAAACUUGGCGAAGACAUUAUUGGCACAUUUGAUUUCACAGUAGCCACAGUUAAAUGCAUGCAAGUGUCUGUUUCUCUACAAUGCGAAGAAGAAACCAUUGUUGAGCCUAAACACAUUAGGAUAAUCACUUUCAGCAAACACCAUGAAGUUUGCUUGGGCUAUAAGUACACUCAAUUAAUUUUACCGAUACCAUUACAUGUAACACCAGCAUUUGCCACUGAUUUGGUAUUAUUAAAAUGGAGAUUACACUUCGAAUUUGUUACGACCAAUCAUAAAGGCGUCAAUUUUUUAGAGAAUGAUAACUGGCAAGCCCCUGCAGACGUUCCUAUUGAAACUAUGGUGUGGAGUUUGCCUAUAAGAUUGUAUUCAACUACCCCUAUCCAAGUGGCACAGGGGGUACAAGGAAAUUUUGUACAUAGAGUUGUGAUAAGAUAAUUUAUAUU